ACACACCCCCUCCCCCACCAAUCCUCGAGGUGAGCCGGAAGUGGGGGUCAGGAUGAGCGGCGACUGUGGGGCAGCCGGAGCGGUACUCCGACGGCGGGACCGGGAUCUUCUGCUCAGUUUCCAGCACUCAUUCUUCACCAUGAGGCGGAUGGACAGCCUGCCCCUGGCGGAGUUGGAAGAAAGAUUGAAGAACAGCAAAGAUUCCACUUUAUUGCAACAAAUUUUGCAGCAGACAGUUCUUCAUCCUCUUUGCAAUAAAUAUCCUCCUUCAGUGAAGUACAGAAGACUUUUUCUAGCUGAGCUGAUUAAAAAGCAUGAAAUGACAAGCACCGAGCCUUUAGAUGAUUUGUAUGAUGCACUUGGUGAAGUGCUAAGAUCAGAAGAGUUAAAGAUGUGUCACAAAAAUUAUUUUCUGUUGUCAGGAGAGAAUAUUAGACUUGGUGAAAAUGUGGCAAUAAUCUCUGAAGGAACUACUGGUCUGGUCACGUGGGAAGCUGCACAAUUCUUUGCAGAAUGGGCGAUGGAAAACUCUGAGGUGUUUAAUUGCAGAACUAUUUUGGAGUUGGGUAGUGGAAUUGGCCUCACUGGAAUUACCAUCUGCAAGACUUGCGCCCCCAAAGAGUACAUAUUCAGUGACUGUCAUCCAAAUGUACUUCAGCAACUCAGAAAAAAUAUUCUUAGUAAUGGUCUCCUACUAGAUUCAGAAACCUGGAACCCAAAAGACUGUGAAGUAGAGGUGGAGAAUAACAAAGUAUCUGAAGAAAACCAGAGACCAAAAAUUACUGUUGUGGGACUAGAAUGGUCAGAAGUUACCCAAGAACAAGUUGCAGAGCUUCAAUCAGAUAUCAUUAUUGCAUCAGAUGUAAUUUACGAUCCUGAGGUGGUCCUUUGCCUAGUUUCUGUACUGGAGAAAUUUCUUAUUUCUGGUGAAAAAGAAAGAAGUUCAGUUGUAUAUCUGGCAUCUACAAUACGUAACCCAGAGACAUAUCAUCAAUUCAAAAUGGAGCUUGACAGAGUUGGAAUUGGACACCAGGUGAUCACAGGCCCUACCAGAAAGGUGUUUCCUUACAACAGAUGCACAAAAAUAGAGCUUCUUAAAAUACAUCAUGAAACUUAAGCGUUUGCCCAUCAUCUUUGACAUUCCUGAAGAAAAAUUAAACGCCAUGAGAAUUAAAUGAGUUAUGUUCAUA